UGCGAGAUCAUCGAAGCGGUUUUGCGACCUCUCAAAGACGAAGAUUAUCAUUAUGAACUGAUAUGCGUACUUCUCAGGUCAUCUAGUACUUCAGCUAGUUGUAGCUCUAGUACAUGUAAAGAAAUUUCCCAUAUAAUUAAAACAGUCUACAGUGCACACCCGUCAACACAAUUGGCUGGGUAUAUCAUCAUCAUCAUCAACAUCAAUUUUUUAUAAAUCUGUCACCAC